AUGGUGGGCCUUAAUUUCUUGUAUCAGGCCGCCCACUGCGUCCUCGCGCAGGACCCCGAGAACCAGGCGCUGGCGAGGUUUUACUGCCACACGGAGAAGACCAUUGCGAAGCGGCUCGUGCUGCGGCGGGAUCCUUCGGUGAAGAGGACCCUCUGUCGUGGCUGCUCUUCCCUCCUCAUCCCGGGCCUGACCUGCACCCAGCGCCAGAGACGAUGUAAGGGUCAGCGCUGGACGGUACAGACCUGCUUAACGUGCCAGCGCAGCCAGCGGUUCCUCAAUGAUCCUAAACAUCUGCUUUGGGGAGAUCGCCCUGAAGCCCAGCUGGGGAGCCAAGCAGAUCCCAAACCACCACAGCCCCAACCAAGCACAGCUCACUCCAUUCCAGCCCAACUUCCUGAGGAAAAAGUGGAGCCUCAGAGCCCCAGUCGCCAGUGA